GAAGUGACCUUUUAGGAGUUCUUCUUCCUGUCUUUCUUUUUACAAUCUUUCAGUCAUCAUGGCUGUCGGAAAAAAUAAACGCCUCACUAAAGGUGGAAAAAAAGGAACAAAAAAGAAGGUUGUUGAUCCUUUUUCCAAGAAAGAAUGGUACGAUGUCAAGGCUCCCUCUAUGUUUUCUGUGAGGCAGAUUGGCAAGACUCUGGUUACCCGUUCUCAGGGAACUAAAAUUGCCAGUGAUAACUUGAAAGGUCGUGUAUUUGAGGUCAGUUUGGCUGAUCUUCAGAACGAUGAGGUAACUUUUAGAAAAUUCAAGUUAGUUGCUGAAGAAGUCCAGGGACGCAAUGUUUUGACCAACUUCCAUGGUAUGUCUCUGACUAGAGACAAGCUGUGCUCUAUGGUCAAGAAAUGGCAGACUCUUAUUGAAGCCAAUGUUGAUGUAAAGACAACUGAUGGCUAUUUGCUGCGUGUUUUUGUUAUUGGUUUCACUAAGAAGAGAAACAACCAAGUCAAGAAAACUUGCUAUGCCCAGCAUGCACAGGUUAAAGCUAUCAGGAAGAAGAUGGUUGAAAUUGUAACUCGUGAAGUAUCUAGCAAUGACAUGAAGGAGGUUGUUAACAAGCUAAUUCCGGACAGCAUUGGUAAGGAUAUUGAAAAGAGCUGCCAGGGCAUCUAUCCUCUUCAUGAUGUGCUCAUUCAAAAGGUCAAGGUUCUUAAAAAGCCCAAGUUUGAUGUUGGAAGAUUGAUGGAGCUUCAUGGUGAUGGUGGUACUACAACCACCACUACCAAGUCUGCUGAAGGUGGUGAGAAAGUGGAUAGAGUUGAUGGUUAUGAACCACCAGUACUAGAGAAUGUCUAAAGCUAUUUAAAAUGUUAACUUCAAUAAUAAACAAAAAAAAGAUC